UGUCGCCCGCCUUAUAAACCGCGCGGCGAGCUGAACGCCGCGGGCUCAACUCCAGGCGGCCUGGGCCGUGACGCUCCUCGGCGAUCUUCCUCCCUCGGCGAGCCCGCGGGCGGGCGCCCCUCAGCCAGGAAAGCCUGUCAGACUGGUGGCUGAUGCCCAGACUGGACGACCACCCCUGGAGCGGUCCCUGCGCUAAGGGCACGAAGCACAGAAGCCACCUGAGGGCCAGUGCCAGGGGGCUGGAGGCCAAAGUGGGAGAAAUGAUCACCUCCUCAGUGUCAGGCCCCUCUCCCCUGGUGGCCCACAGUGCCCGGGGCACUGACCCGGCUCACGGGCCCGUGGGCGCUGGUGUGGGAGGCCAUGGCGGCAGUGGCCACAUCAACAGCUGGCAUCACCACUUGGUGCAAAGGAGCCUGGUGCUGUUCUCAGUGGGCGUGGUCCUGGCCCUGGUGCUGAACCUGCUGCAGGUCCAGAGGAACGUCACCCUGUUCCCUGAGGAGGUCAUCGCCACUAUCUUCUCCUCCGCCUGGUGGGUUCCCCCGUGCUGUGGGACAGCAGCUGCUGUGGUCGGCUUGCUGUACCCCUGCAUCGACAGCCACCUUGGAGAGCCACACAAGUUCAAGAGGGAGUGGGCCAGCGUGAUGCGCUGCGUGGCAGUUUUUGUUGGUAUCAAUCACGCCAGUGCUAAACUGGACUUUGCCAAUAACGUUCAGCUCUCCUUGACGUUAGCAGCCCUGUCUUUGGGCCUCUGGUGGACAUUUGACCGCUCAAGAAGUGGCCUUGGGCUUGGGAUCACCAUUGCCUUCCUUGCCACCGUGAUCACUCAGCUGCUGGUGUACAAUGGUGUCUAUCAGUACACGUCCCCGGAUUUUCUGUACAUCCGCUCCUGGCUCCCGUGCAUCUUCUUCUCGGGAGGGGUGACCGUGGGAAACAUAGGACGACAGCUGGCCAUGAUUGGGCUGACUGUACAAGUGACUCCUGGCAAACAGUUCACCUGUUUUAGAGUAGCAGACUGGGAAGAUGACCGCUUGUGCUGAGAUGUCACCUUGCCUGACGGCAUUCAGGCCUGGGUCUGCUCAGGAGGCACCAAGUGCAGGCCGGCCGGCUGCAGGGUCCCGAGGAUUCGGUUUCAUGUGUCAUUAAAAGCAAGUUGCCAUAUUUCCAAGCCUUGAACUAAAGCCUAACUACCAGCUCUGGUUUUGUAUCAGCGCCCAGGGGAGAGCUCGAUGGUGCUUACAAAGAUGAAGUGUGAUAAAAUAGGAAUAUUACUUAUCCAAAAGAUUUCUAAAAUAGGGUUGUGUAAAAAAAAGAGAAGGGCAGGGGCGGCGAGCCUAGGGUGGCAGUGCCGGGCGCCCCGUCCCGCAGCUGCGCGUGUGUCCCAGCGUACGGCUGUGCUUUUCACUCCUCCGUGGAGUCGCAGGUAGACAAUCUUACUGAGAGCCGAAGGCAAUGAGAGGUCAUCGUUCUGCACUGUGAUGUGCUGCAAUGUCCACCUCCGUAUUUGUGCAGUUUAUCCAGAAUCCGUAAUCAUCUAGGAGGGGCACCUGCCUGCCGUGUGUCUCAGUCUCAGUGAGCCAGAAUCGUGUGUUGUUUCUUUGAUGCUCCAGAACAGAGAUGACUGGUUUUUUUUCCACAGCCCUAUGGGAUUUGCAAUCUGUGAUUGCCUUGUAAAAAGAAGAGUGCGUAUGUCACUGUAUUAAACAUUCGGUGUUUCUAAAUACUCAAAGACGUGGUGAGCACAAUGUAUUCAUUUAAUGGCAUAGACCAUGUUUGUUAGACCCAGUUUGCAAGCACUGGGUCUUCAACUUCAAGUGCAAUGUAUAUGAAAACCAACCUGAGCCUUGUAUCCUCUUAAAUAUUUAUUUUUUUAACGUAUGAGGUGUUACAGAGGGUUCUCCAUUUCAGUGCUGCAUGGGGGCAAAGUUCAGCAACAGCCCCUCUCAGUUGUGCAGUUACUUCGUUGCUGUGCUCUCCACUGAGCCGGUCCUUUGAAAUACUCCAGUUUUGUGCGUUUGGUAAACUUGUAAUUUUUACUCACAAAUUCACCUUUUUGUAUUUUGCAAUUUAAAUGUUUUGGUUGUUUUACACUCUGUGAACACGGCUUGACGAAAAGACUCCUCCCCCUUGAGCAGCUGGCGGUCAGAGCCGCUGCCGGCAGCCGUGGGCUGUGCUCUCGGCUCCCCUCCCGUGAUGGUCCUCGUUGCAGUUGGGUUUUGUUUUGAGGAAAAUGUCCUGGAGUAAAUUUUAGGUUACUGUAGCUAAUUUGUUUUAGAGGAAUUUUGUUUAAAAGAAAAUAGGAUCAUUCUGAACUUUGCAAUGACCCCCUUACACAUUUUUCUGAAAUCAAACAGCUAUGUGAAAAGAGUUUCCAAUGAGGCUAUCAGCCUUUUAUGAAAAACCAGAAGUUAUUAGAUGAGAGCAGGCAUUGAAUCUUUCAAAUAUACUUGAUCAUAUGCACAGUGAGUAUUUUUUUCUCUUAAACUGGAAAUAAAUCUAUAUCUGUUAGAAACAAUGUAGCCAAAAGAUGUGAAUCUGAAGAAUUUUGUUGCCAAUACUUUAUAGCAAGUAUAUGAACCAAAGUCAUUUGAGUUUGUAAAAAUGUAAAAUAGUAUGAACAAAAUUUGCACUAUACCAGGUUUGAACAUCUAGUGAGAUUCACAUUCACACUAAGUUUUCAGCGUUGUGUUCUUUUGCAUUCAUUUUUUACUUUUAUUAAAGGUU